AUGAGUUCUAAAAGGGGUAAGCGCAACGUAGGUAAUAAGCACUUUCCUAUAGCUGAAUCAGUAAGCAUAGCAUUGAAGAUCCAGCUGGAUAAAUUUCUCACGGACGAAAAUGAAACUGAACUUAAGUUUCCGUCAUUUUUAUCGGCCCAAGAAAGAGGAUUUAUCCAUGAGACUGUAGCCAAGUUAGGACUCAAAUCAAAGUCGCGCGGGAAAGGUGUAAAUCGCUACAUAACAAUAUAUAAACGAAUUGGUUCUACAAUUAUACAAAAUGAUGCCAAGUUGAUUUUGGAUCCAAACAUGAGGUGCAGUAUUACGGAUCUGUUUAAUGCGUUUCCAAUCACCAGCAAAGAGAAGGAAGAUCUUAGCUGUUGUCCUGAGAAAGAGCGGAGCCCUCAGCUGGCUCAUAAAAGUAUGGGCCAACUAAACAAUGGGGUUGCUCAGGUCCCUAACACUUCAUACAAUCCAGAUUUAAUAAAAUUCAGAGAAAAGUUACCAGUAUAUGAGCAAAGACAUGAACUAAUUAAUGCUAUUAAUUCAAAUCAGGUGAUAAUAGUAGCGGGCGCUACAGGUUGCGGUAAGACCACUCAACUUCCGCAACUAGUGCUGGAACAUGCGCAAGAGGUGAAGCAACCUGUCAGAAUCUACUGCACACAACCUAGAAGAAUAUCGGCUGUCUCUGUUGCUGAGAGGGUAGCAUACGAGCGUAUGGAAAAGAUUGGUCAAUCAAUCGGGUAUCAAAUCCGUCUAGAGUCACGCGUGAGUCCGCGGACAGUGCUGCACUACUGCACCAAUGGGGUGCUUCUCAGAACAUUGAUGGGUGGUGAAGAGGCACUCACUGGAGUGACCCAUGUGUUUGUUGAUGAGGUGCAUGAACGGGAUAAGUUUAGUGAUUUCCUACUCAUCGCGCUCAGAGACGCCCUCCGUUCGAAGGAUCUCAAGGUCAUACUCAUGUCGGCUACCAUGGAUACGCAAAUAUUUUCCAGGUACUUCAAUGGAUGUCCAGUAAUCAGUAUCCCAGGACGCUUACACGAUGUCCAAAGACAUUAUCUCGAAGAUAUCUUAAAGCUAACAAAGUAUACCAACAAGAAAAUGAUUCAAGUCGAACGCGAACUGAGAAACAAAUUAAAAAGUGGACAAAGCUAUUGGUCUCAACUUGAGGGUCAAAAGCAGAGCGAUGGAGUUCAGGAUAGCGGAAGCAAAGAAGAGAAGGAAACCCUUGACCCAGCCUUGCAAGCGGAUAUGGACGAGUUUUUAGACGAAUGUUUCAACGAGGGAAGUUUGGACUCAUUUAGCCAGGUGCUAUACAUGUUUCUAUCGGAGGGUGUAAGUGUAGACGCACAGCAUUCGAAGUGUGGCCGAACCGCAUUGCAUGCAGCCGCUGCCAGGGGCCUCACGCAAACUGCUCAACAGAUUUUACGUAUAGGUGCCGAUCCAACACUAAAAGACAAGAACGGAAAAAUGCCUUACGAUCAUGCAAUUGAGGGUGGUCAUACCGAUUGUGCCAAAUGUCUAGCCACCUUCAAUCACACAGAAGAAAUCAAAUCUAAUGACCAAGAAGAAUCUACAGCCGAUAACUUCCUUCUAGAUGUCUAUCACCACUCCAUCUCAGAAGAACUAAUUGAUCACGAUCUGAUGCUGGCUCUAGUCAAACAUAUUCACCUGAACAUGGCCAAAGGCAGCAUAUUGAUAUUCUUACCGGGUUACGAUGACAUCGUAGCUCUCAAGGAUAUGAUUCAAGCUUCCAGCGAGAUGAACGCCUUUAAAUAUCAAAUAUUCACAUUACAUAGUAAUAUGCAGACUUUGGAUCAGAAGAAAGUCUUCAAUCCCCUCCCAAAUGCUAGGAAAAUAAUAAUAUCUACUAACAUAGCUGAAACAUCUAUAACAAUAGACGACGUUGUGUACGUAGUAGACUCGUGUAAAGUGAAGGAAAAGUAUUAUGAAUCGAAUGGGGGAGUUUGCUCCCUUCAGUGCGUGUGGACAUCCCGGGCGUGCUGUCAGCAGCGAGCCGGUCGAGCCGGAAGGACGAAGCCCGGGCAUUGCUUUCACAUGUGUUCUAAGCGACGAUUCAAGACGUUACCGCUUAAUUCGGUUCCCGAAAUUCUUCGAGUUCCACUACAAGAGCUCUGCCUCCAUACGAAACUGUUAGCGGCCGGUAACACUCCUAUUGCAGAUUUUCUAUCUAAAGCGCUAGAGCCACCAUCCUUUUUGGCAGUAAGAAACGCCGUCACGCUUCUUAAAACGAUCGGUGCUUUAACCCCAAUGGAAGACUUGACGGAAAUAGGGCAACACCUACUGGAUUUGACAGUUGAACCAAAACUUGGCAAAAUGUUGUUAUAUGCCUGCGUGAUGAAGUGUUUAGACCCAAUAUUAACGAUCGUGUGCAGUCUGUCGAAUAAAGAACCUUUCCAGAUAUCAAUGAACCCGGAGAAUAGGAAGAAAGGAAGUAUGGCGAGGAAGGAGUUCGCAGCUGACAGUUAUUCCGAUCAUAUGGCUCUACUCAGGGCCUUUCAAGCGUGGCAGUCCGCUAGAGCUAACGGAACGGAGAAGGCCUUCUGCGCCAAAAAUCUAAUUUGCGGCGCCACUAUGGAAAUGAUUGUCGGUUACCGAUCCCAAUUGUUAGCUCAGCUGCGAGCGCUGUGUCUAGUCAAAGCUCGCGGUUCCGGUGACAUAAAGGACGUGAACCUCAAUUCUGAGAAAUGGCAUAUCGUAAAAGCGGUGCUAGUCAGUGGCCUCUAUCCGUCCAUAGCGAGGGUAGAUCGAGAUUCUUGCACUUUGAGAACUUCGAAGGAGGUCAAAGUCGCGUUUCACCCUAGUUCUACGUUACACAGAGGCGGGGGAGUGAGCGGCUCUCAAAAGUCCGUCCAGAACUUGCCUACCGAUUGGGUGGUGUUUGAAGAGAUAUCUCGGGUGGGAAGGUUUUGUUUCAUCCGUUGCAAUACACUCGUAACCCCUCUGACGGUGGCGUUGUUUGGUGGACCUUUAAGAUUGCCCGCGGGAGCGUUGACUCAAAGGGCGAAUCUUCCGGGCUUAUCCAGCGACUCAGAUAGUGAGGCUGAUGAGAGUAACUCUUCACCUGACAUGGCCGUUCUCACACUAGACGACUGGAUGGCGUUCACCGCAGACGCGUCAGAUGCGAUAAGCGUCUAUUACCUGCGUCAGAAACUCUGCGCUCUCGUCAUACGCCGGAUGUCUAAUCCUGGAAAGGCAAUGAACCCUCUCGACGAGCAGAUCUUAAACACAGUGGUUCUAGUGCUAGGAGCUGAAGAGAAGAACGUCGGCCUCAACCAACCUGCUGGAAUAGGCCAGCGGCCGAAACCUCUGACCGUGGACUCGCCGAUGUGGCGGCGGGAAGACGAGCCAUAUAACCGGCACGAGCCGAAGUUCUAUCCGCAAUACGGUCAGAAUGAUUUCGCGAAUAGUUUCUACCAAGGUUACGGUUAUAGGAAUAACCAGCGGCCCGGUUGGAGGAAUGAUGGAAUGCCGCAAGGGUUCUCCCCUCAGUCGUAUAGCGGGCCGAAGAGUCCGAUGUCUCCAAAUGGGAAGACGCUACUUGCUAAUAUAGAAAAGUAUUCGGACAAUGGGGAGAGUAACACACGGUACUUCAUAGUGAAAGCGGAUGACCUUCAUAGUGUAGAAAUGGCGCAGGCGAGCGGAAGCUAUCCCUUCACACAGAACACUGUAAAGAAAGUUCAGAAAGCUAAGCAGGAAGGUAGUCGCGUUGUGGUUAUUUUUUCAUGCGCGGGCGCAUCAAAAAUGACUGGCGCAGCGGCACUCGGCGAACCUCCCACUGUGCUUGACUGGCUCUCUACAAACCAAAUACCUUUCCACAUGCUGAGACAUAUAACAAACUCGCUAGCAGGAGGAGCCCGGGUCACCGGUGCUAGAGACGGAACCGAGAUCUGUUCGGCUUCUGGUCGCGCGUUACUCGCCACCUUGCAGAACCGGCGCCGUCACACCCAACCCAGACCUAUACAGAAGCACUCCUCGGAACAAUAG